AUGCGGAGCCCCGGCGGCAGCCUGCAGCAGGCGCUCCCCCGGCUCGCGCAGCACCCCGGCCUCCAGGGCCGGGCCGAGCUGUCGGUUCUGCGGCCGCUGCCGCGGGCGGCGGGCGGGGACGAGCCGAGCGAGCGCCUCCCCCGCGGGGGCGGGACGAGCGCGGCGGCGGCGGCAGCGGCGGCGGCGGCCGCGGCCUCGGGCGCCCUGCUCGGCGCCUAUCUGGAGCGCCAGGGUCCGCCCGCGGCCUCGGAGUUGCCGGCGCCGGGCGGGGCCUUGGCGGGCGGCCCCGGCAGCGGCGGCGGCGGCGUGGUGGUCGGCGUGGCGGAGGUGAGAAGCUGGCGCUGCUGCUGCCUCGGCAGCACCUGUUGGUGCCGGAGCCUCGUGCUGGUCUGCGUGCUGGCCGCCCUGUGCUUCGCUUCUCUGGCCCUGGUCCGCCGCUACCUGCAGCACCUCCUGCUCUGGGUGGAGAGCCUCGACUCGCUGCUGGGGGUCCUGCUCUUCGUCGUGGGCUUCAUCGUGGUCUCGUUCCCCUGCGGCUGGGGCUACAUCGUGCUCAACGUAGCCGCCGGCUACCUCUACGGCUUCGUGCUGGGCAUGGGUCUGAUGGUGGUGGGCGUCCUCAUCGGCACCUUCAUCGCCCAUGUGGUCUGCAAGCGGCUGCUCACCGCCUGGGUGGCCGCCAGGAUCCAGAGCAGCGAGAAGCUGAGCGCCGUUAUCCGCGUCGUGGAGGGAGGAAGCGGCCUCAAAGUGGUGGCGCUGGCCAGGCUGACCCCCAUACCCUUUGGGCUUCAGAAUGCGGUGUUUUCGAUUACUGAUCUCUCAUUACCCAACUACCUGAUGGCAUCUUCAGUUGGACUGCUUCCCACUCAGCUUCUGAAUUCGUACCUGGGUACCACCCUGCGAACAAUGGAAGAUGUCAUUGCAGAACAGAGCGUUAGUGGGUAUUUUGUUUUUUGUUUACAGAUUGUUAUAAGUAUAGGCCUCAUGUUUUAUGUAGUUCAUCGAGCUCAAGUGGAAUUGAAUGCAGCCAUUGUAGCUUGCGAAAUGGAACUGAAAACCUCUCUGGUUAAAGGCAAUCAACCAAAUACCAGUGGCUCUUCAUUCUACAACAAGAGGACCCUAACGUUUUCUGGAGGUGGAAUCAAUAUUGUAUGAUUCUGACGAAACAUAUGAUGGUCAAGAGCCCGUAGUGUGCUGUCUGAGGUCUAGCAGUCCCUUCACUAUUGGGUAGAGACAAGUCCUAAUUGUAUUACGGCACAAACAAAACUGACUAGUUUUUAAAUUGCACAAUUUUUUUAAAGCAAGAAUCAUUUUCUGGAUAUGUAAAUGUAAAUGUAGAUGCAAUUUUGGCUGCACCUCUUUAUUAUGCCUGUAAUGGCCUAUAGGUCUGCACUUUAGUGUUUUUGUAAUUGUUUUAUUUCUGGGUACUUAUGAACAGAGAAAUAACCCAAAUAUUUUUUUCUGCUUACUGUCUUUAUUUAUAAAGUCCAGAAAUAGCUGUAUGCCUCUUUCCUACUUAUAAAGAUGAGUAGAAAUAUCAGUUUUAAAUGCAUUAUAUUACUAGAUGUUCUUUGCUUUGGUUGUCUUCCCAGAAAGGAUAAACAGUGUUUUGUUUUAUUGUUGUUGUUGUUUAAGUGGGACCACUUUGUUUCCCUGUUCCUAGAAAAUGGACAUUAAGUUUUGGUUGAAUGUAUUUUUGCAAGCAUCACAUUAUUGCAGGGCCAUUUACACCUGCUCACACAAGCUUAAAUCCUACAUUGUGGGACUGAAGUGCUCUUAAGAUACCUUUUUAUUUUCACUGUGUAAUAUGCAAAGCAAAAAGGAAAUUAUUUAAUGGAUGGUGGCUCAAAAUUGGAAUGUGUGUUCUAAUCCAGUUAUGUUGGCUUUACCCUCCUUAGAUCUUUCAUCAAAGGGCUGUCCCAUUGCAGUCUUACUAAAAUGCUUUAUUAAAAUAAAUGUUUUUCCUUUUUAUAUUAAUAAUUAGGCUUUGGAAUAAAGAUACUGUUCCUUUAAAUGGUGGGUUACCAUCAUUGAAGAUGUCACUCAGGUGGCCUUGUUUGAUCAAAACGCCUUUUUUAAGAAAACAAGCUUUAAAGUCAUGUUUAUAGUUACAUUGAAGUACAUAUAUAUGUGUCUCCAUAGUCUUCAGCUUUAAAACUAUAUAUUAAUGCCCAAAUUUGUGUUAUUUGCCAUAGUAUAGGUGGGUCUGUUUUGUUUUUUUGUGAGGUUUUUGUUUUUGUUUUGGUACUUGUUUUUCUCUGAUAAGACUCAGGAAUUCUGAAAUGUGAGAUUGUCUCAAUUAUUUCUCUCGUAGCAUGAAUCAACUGUAUUUAUUAAUAGCACUUAAGACUAGAGAAAACAGUAAUUUGGCAUAUAGUUCAUAUGACAUGUAUUAUUCCUAUAUCACCUUUAUUUUUUAAAAGUUUAAUUAUGAACUUAAUGAUUAGUUUUUUUACAGAUGAGAUUAUAGAUACUAAUGCAGAUUUUCUAGUGGGUAUCUCUUCUUUUGCUAUGAAUAUUCCAACUUAUCAGAGACCUUCCAUUUGCCUUCUCAUAAGGGUCACCUCUGCCCUGAUUUAACAGAAGUACAAAGGAAUUCUUUGGAAGUCAGUUAUUCUAGGCUUAUGCUGGAGAUGACAUUCUUUUAAUAUAUAAGUUGCCCUGAAGUAUAAUUGUUUUCCUUUCCUUCAUAAAACAUAAAUUUUCCCACCUUUGAGUAACAGUGAAAUUCAGUUUUAUGCCCUUACCAAGAAGACUUCAGGGCAGAUGUUUUGAGACACACAUUGGUCUACAAGUACAUAACUGGCCUCUAAAUCCUUCCUUCUGCUAUUGGUAGGAAAGAGAUAUAUAUUUGGAAUAUUCUUAUUUUUUUAAAACUAAUUACAUGUUUAGAUUUUUUUAAAUGAUAUUAGUUUAACAGCCCCAGUGAACAAUACAUUUGAUUUGUUCUUUUCCAUCUAACUGGACUACAUUUUUCUUGCGUUUCUUGUUUGUUGCUUAGUUUUUAUUAAAGGAAUCAUUAUUCAAAGUUACUAUUUUCCUACUUAUUUUACACUUCAUGUGUUUUGAAGUGCAUUUAUUUACUUAGUGUCUGUGACUUGAAUAAUUUCACCAAAUGAAUACCCUUUGGUAGUUUGUAAUGCAUUCUUCCAAUUGUUAUACUUUGCUUGGUACUUGUAGUAAAUAUGUAAAGGUUAAAAGAAAUAAUUUUUCUGUAUUCUGCCAAUCAUAAUUUUAUAUAAUAAAUCAUCCAUUUUUUUCUUAAAAUAAUAUGGAUUGACUGUUUGUAAAACACUAAUCUGUAGCUGCAGUUUUCCUUUUAUCCAGGAUUUCUAGCCUCAAGUAAACCACAUCCAUUAUCAUCCAGUCAUUUCUUAGGUGGAUUUCAUUGCUGGGUUUUACUCAGCUCACUAUAAAUUGUGCAAAGCAUUGUCAGGACUUAUUCACUCUGUCAUUAACCCCGCAGCCCCAAUUUAUGGCAACAACACAUUCUACAGGAUACUUUUAUAUUACCCCAAAUAUAAAAUGCCUCCAAUCAUGUAUAUUUAUAGAUGUGAAUAUUUUCCAUUUCUCAGUCUGGUUAAAGGCAGUAUGGAGUUGCUUUGUGCUCAUUUUAGAAAGCAUACAAUACACUUGAUUUCCAAAUCUGAUGAAAGAUUUGUACUGUUUUCAAUUUGGGGGGCCUUUGCAUGAAUUUUCCAUAUUUUUUGUCUUAUUGUUGAUGACUUUGUUUACUCUUUGGCAAAUUUUACCUGACCAUGUAAAUUAUGUUAAAAUAGCAUCUCCUAAAAAAUGUGUUAAGAUUUACUAAAUGUUUUCAUAUCCAGUUUCAUUUGAUGGCCUAAUUUGUGAAAUAACUUGAAAUCUGUACCCUUUGUUUUGCCAGAAUACUAUAAGCUAGCCUCUGCCAUUAGGAUGUGUAUUUUGAAUGACUUGUGGGUAUAUUCAGAGCCAGCCUGGCACUCCCUUUGCUGCACUUUGUUAUAAGCUACAGCCCUGUCCAAGAUGGCUUUCUCCUGAUAAGUGAAGUAUCUGACUUAUAAACCAUUUUCCUCCUUGUGAAGGUGUUAAUUUAAGUUCAGUAAUUACUCUUAUUUGCCCCCACUGGAAAUAAGCUAAGCUGCAUAGGUACAAACAUAUCCCCAGCCUCACUGUGUCGGUUAACGUACAGUGCUGAUGAAGAAGGUGCUAUGACUUACACGCAUCAAUAUUUGUUCGCUGUGGAGCCGUCUUUGAGAACGCUUGAGAAAGUCACUAAGUGUGUGCCAGGUUGGUGCAGGUACAUCGUUAGAUGCCUGGUAAGUCCAUGCAUGCUAUUCACAGCCAAGCAGCAUUUGCAGAGAAGCUCACGUGGACCUCAGGAGCGAGAGAGCUGGCCUAAGUUGAUGGCCUUAGUGGUGAAAGAUUUUGUUUCAGCCAAAGGCUGCUCACCGAAUCAGGAUGACAUUUAGUGUGACACCACCUGGUGCUGAGAUUGGACAUUACUGAUUUCUGUUGUACUGUGUUUAGGAAAUAAUGUUUUUAAAAGUCAUGACUUUAAGCUGAAAAGCCAUUAAGGAGAGGAGAGGAUUCACCGUUCCACAGAAUAUUUACAACUCAGGAAUGCAGACAACCUCACCUGUUAAACUGUCAUCCCACAACUAAAUUUUUAACUUGGUACUUCUGAAUUGCAAAGCAGUUGCUGCAAAUUAUUUUCUAAGGUGGCUGAAGACUUAAAAUAGAUGAUUCUAAAGGUGAAUCAGUAAAGUGUGUGAAUAAUUGGUAUCCCAAAUCACUGUGUG